CCAAGUAUAGAACCCCCCUACACAAAUUUGCCGAAUGAAUUGCUGCAUUUUAGAAAAUAUAUGGGCUUUGAGCCUUUCAACUGGGUAUUACACAAAACAAUGACUUAAAACGUAUGCAUGCGCUUUCUAGAUAUUACUGUUUACCUAAUACAGCAUCGCACACAUGAAAGAGGUUAAGGCUGAGUCAAUUCAAUUUAUUGUGCUAAGCUUUGACCAUCGAUCGAUUAUUCAGUUCUACCAAAUUCCUACAAAAGCAGAUGAAACAACAAGUUUCAAAUGUAAGUUUUGGCUGCACUAUGUUCGCAAGCAUUCAGCUGCCUUAUGCUUACUCAGAGAUCUUGAAAUAUACUUCUAGAGUGCAACUUUGCAACCUAGUAAUUAGAUUCCCCCAUUGCUGUUCACCUCCGAGUAUUCCAUUCCAAUGAACAAAGGAUCGAGUAUUCGAAUAAUUGGCCCAGCCCUGUCUGACAUAUGCAGUCCUGAAUCUGACAUUUUUAUUUUAUACAGAGUAGCUGAAAUAGAAAGUAGAAUUCUGUAAAACCGGAAUAGAUACGAAAUGUAGUCAGUGCUGAGGCUUUUUUCCAUAGACAAUAAAAUCCAAUCGAUUUAAUUGAACAAGUAGAACAAGGCUUGAAAACACAUAACCAAUUCCUGCACUUCUCUAUUAUACCCCCCCAAGACGAGGUUACACUCUACAACGUGCAUGGUGUUCCAGGAGCUGAAUCCUACUACAAAACUAACCAUAAGCAAAACAAAAAAAACAAACAAACAAAAAAAUUCUGAUGUCGUCUCUAUAUUUAUGAUUCCUUAUUCUUCAUGAUUUUCAGACUGUUCAUCUUUUGAUACGUCUGUUUCAAUCCAUUUUGGCUUGCUACGGUAUUCUAUUCCGUAUUGAUUUUCCUGCUUGGCUAAAUAUUUCCUCUCUGACGCUAUUCUUAUUGUUUUUAUAUUCAUUUUGUUCAUUUAGUCAGGUUCUUGCUGUAUUUUAUAUGCUUAAUUUAAAUGUUAAAUUACUUCUGUUUGGAAUCAGAAUCGUUCGUUUCGCGUUAACAGUUGCUGUAGAAGAAGGGCUGUGAUGGUGACACCAGAAUCCAAAAAAAAAAUCUUGCCCGUACGUAACCAUUGAUGUGAUGGUUUCUGUAGUCCACGGUGUAUUAGUAAAACCUCAGAUUUUUUACAUGCCUCCGAAGUUUCUUUAGCUAUACAGACAGCAUGUAAUCAAUGCACUAGCUGUUUCGUACAAAUUUCAUGUACUGUUUUUGACUAAUUCAUAUGAGCGAUUUGUAGCAAAUCUGCCACCGGAUGUUGUUCUAACUUAUGCAAGCUCCUUGCUAUUGUCUGUAAUCACGGUGACACAGACUUUUUCAGUCAUGUGAAGUGCGGGGUCUUUUACACUCUGUGAGAAGUUAUAGGCUAAGCAGUGUGACUCCAAAAGCAAACAAUUAGACAUAGUUUGCGCUGAUCGACCUCAACGACGACGCUGGUUGACCUUGGUACUGAUAAAUAUAUUCUCUUCAUGUGAUUGGUUCAUCUUUGGACCCCUCAAAGGACUUUGACAUGAAGACUACAGUAUCAUGACUGGNUAACUGACUGUGAAAUAACUAGACUUGCCUAAAGGAUUAGUUCAAAGGCUCCUGACGAAAGGAAGCAGCAAAUGAGUCGUUCACAAUUGCAUCGACGAGAAGGUUUUGAUGAAUCUGGGUUUGGGAAAAACUAACCGGCAUGGGGCACCCUAACUUUGCGUCAUGCAUUUUUUGACCGGGGUUGAAACAUUGAAAGGUCAAGGAACCAGACCAAUCAAACAUUAACCAAAUUAAGUUCGAAGGCAUCUUCUUUAUAGGCCCUACUUGACAUCAAAUUGCAAACAUCGAGGACAGACAGUCACGCGAGUACUGCAUUUAGCGUGAAGCUAUACUAGAAAUUUUGGCUCGAAUUUGGGCAACAAAAGCAAACUUCAUAAUUCAACUGAACCACAACGUUCUAAACAUGAGCAAAGACCACUUGUUGGUGCGAGUCAUUCUCGCUGUCUGCACAUUGGUGGGACCGGGUGUCGCUCAAAUCCAACCAGAGGUCACGGUGGAAGGUGGCAAACUGAUCGGUACCACCGAGUUCUUUGAGGAGUCGGAGUUCUUGGAGAACAAGACCAUCGACGUGUUCAAGGGUAUACCGUUCGCCCAGCCACCCGUGGGGCCGCUGCGUUUCAAGCCCCCGGUGACCAAAGAACCCUGGGAUGGGACGUACAACGCUACGUACUUCAGGGAUUCUUGUGUUCAAGGCGUAGUUCCAGGCGAUUCCGUACCUCCGCUACCAAGUGUCGAUGAAGACUGCUUGUAUCUGAACAUCUAUGCACCAAGACCAGCAGUCGAAGGGGGCGCUGCCGUCAUGGUCUGGAUACACGGGGGUGGGUUCGUCUUUGGGUCCUCCGUACAAUACUACAUACAGCCAAUGGUCGCCUUUGGGGACGUCAUAGUCGUCAGUAUCAACUACCGAUUGAACGUCUUUGGAUUUAUGACAACAGGUGAUGAGGUGGUACCGGGCAACGCAGGACUUCUUGACCAAGUAUUUGCUCUUGAGUGGAUCAAGAAGAACAUAGCAGCCUUUGGUGGGGACAGCGAACGGAUUACCAUCUUCGGUGAGAGUGCCGGGUCGGCCAGCGUCAGCCUCCUGGUGCUGUCACAGAUGUCGCGGGGGCUAUUCCAACAAGCCAUCAUGCAGAGUGGCACCGCGUAUUCUCCGUGGGCGUUUACGGAUGGGAAACGGGACCGGCUCCGACGGCAGGCCUUUGAUAUGGGGAAGAGACUCGGCUGCAGUGCACUGGACAGCGCCGCUCUGGUGAACUGUCUAAGACAACAGGACGCGAUGGCUGUUUUGAACGCAUCACAAGAGGUGUGGGCAACAAAUGUCUCGCCUCCUGUGGUAGUAGAUGGGACCUUCCUGGACGACACACCCGCCAACCUGUACGCAACAGGGCGGUACAACCACGCCCCAAUUCUCCUCGGGACGACCAGAGACGAGGGAACGCUUUUCGUGUCAAUUAACGCAUUUUUUGGUCCAGGGGCGCAGGAGGAACCGCCCUUCCUGACGAAGGAGGAUUUCGAUCGAGCCCUGUCCGCAGAAGUAGCCAAUUAUUUUUACGGUAACUCGGAGGCCUCCAAUGCCCUACUCAUGGACGCAAUCAAACAACAGUACGUCGACUGGUCCCAGGCUGACAACCAAACCGCCAAUUAUCUCAAAUCGUACGUGGAGUAUUUCGGCGAUUCCGCUUUUGUUAGCGGAACUGACCAGGUGGCGCGUGACCACGCCCAAAGCGGCGACGACGUCUUCAUGUACCAGAUGACACGGGUUAAUGAGUUCGAGUCGACUCCCCCGUGGAUGGGGGCGACCCACGGGGCAGACCUCUGGUACGUGUUUGGCAUGCCAUUUUCGCCCCCCUUUCGGCCAUACAUGGAUCAGUACCGCGACGACGUGGCACUUUCUGUCAAGUUCAUGGAAUUCUGGACCACGUUUGCAAAGACUGGAAACCCCAGCCUCGGCAGUCAAAACUCACCCUCUGAUCCCAGCCUGGAUUUCUGGCCCAAGUUUACUAUCCCCGAGUUGGAAUUCAAAGAGCUUGACUUGAACCUCACGAACAAGAGAGCCCUCAAGAGCCGAGAAUGCCACUUCUGGAACACGUUUGUAUUCCAACUCAGGACAAUGAUGGCUGAUGCGGACGAUGCAGGACUUGAGUGGAAGCAAUCUUUCUACAACUGGAAGUACACGGACAUGGCGGAGUGGAGGGCUCAGUUCGCCAAAUACAAGGAGGAGCUGUAGCGUCAACGUCAUCAUAAUUUUUUCCCCACCCAGGGCCCCUUAUUCAAGUUUCUUUUGUCUAUUACGUUAGAUUUAAUAAUAAAAAAGAGAAGUUGAUUACACAGCAAAGAAAAAAGGCCCAUUUAAGACUGAGUUUAGCAGACUUUCCGUGAGAGGUAAUGUUUCCAAGGCAUAAAAUCGUUUUAAGUCUUCUUUCAAAUACAUGUAUAUAAAUGAUGGUUUCCCCCCGUUCAUUUUCAUCUUGUAAACACGGAAGUGGCAAAGCAAGAGAAUUAAAUUGAGUACAUUCCUAGAGUUAUUAGAAAUUGCAAAACGGGUAGUUUUGUUAUCCAAAAGCAUAUCAAUGUUCAGGGUAUUUUUAAGCCAAUCAGAUUUUUAAAAAGAGGUGGAUAUCCCACAAGUACAAAGGAGAUGAAUCGAAGUUUCACACCCAGCUUGACAAAAAGAGCACAAGUCAUCUCUUUUACCAAUUUUAAUUAAAACAAGAGCUAACAGCCAAGUUUCUGUAACUCUGUAUUGAAACCAUCGCAAUUUAUUGGGCUAAAUUGGGCUUUAUUUAUAAGGGCUAAAGAACCCGGAAAGUCUAAAAAA